AUGCGAGUUACAUAUAUAAAUAAGCCACUAACAAAUAGUAAAACUGAUAAGUUUGCAGAAUUUCUUAAUGAAAUAAAUAGCACAACCGGAAAUCAGUAAAAUUGUAAUGUGAUACCAUUUCCUGUGCUAUCGCAAAAUUUAAAUUAAAAGAUACAAAACAAAAUCAUUUUAUUAACAAUAUUUCGGAGAAUCUGUAAAGUUAUGAGGUUAUCACUUUAGUCAGCAUUUAAGUAAACAUAUGUAAUAAGUAUAAUAAGUAUUUGUGAUUUGUAAGCAAUAAUUCAUUGCAAUAGUAACUUUGAACGAUUAUAAUUAAUAAAGUGAAAGUUAGUCUGAUUCAAAUAUCCAAACCUUCUGGUUUCAUUUCUUUAGGGCUAAUUCGGCACAAACUUUUUAAAAACGCUCGAACGCGACGUAAACACAAAAUUGGCGCAGUCGGUAGGAUCCUUAAAAAGUAUUAAGGAUUCAGUGAAACGAACCGCAUUCGAGAAAUAGAAAAUUUUUUUUCCUUCCGGAAAUCGUUAUAAAUAGUUUUUUAUAAAUCCCCAAACUAAUUCUGCGAUUCUGUAGCCAACUCAGGAGUUGACCAGACCCUCCAGAAUAUAAUUAACUAUAUACAAAUCCGGAAAGACACAAUAAUCGACACCACCGAGGUGCAGUGAACGUUAAUUGUUAAAGGAAAAGCUAAAUCAAAAAGUUCAGAAGUGAAAACGACCUUAGAAAUUAAAAGGCGUUAAUUUACCUGAACAAGUGAAAAAAAAAAACAACAAAAGUUUUUGUGAAAGUUUUUUGCAGUGAACACGACUCAAAACAAGAAGAGCGUGAAUUCACCAAAAAAUAAAGUUUAUAAAGUAACCGAAACCAUUGAAAAGAUAACUAAAUCGUCAAGGCACCGAGCCUACGAUAACAACAGAAACAUGGAGAACGAGCAGACUCAGAUGGCGGCAGUCAACUUGGUAGAGGAGCUUGCUCGCAGAGAGCAACAAUUAGAGCAAAUGCGGCAAGCUUACCUUGAGUUGAGAAACCGGACAGAAGAAAACAACAGUAGCAGACAUACGAGUACACUCAUAAAAACAGUAAAUGACCUGCCGAUAUUUACGGGGACAGGCGAGAUUUCCAUAAAUUCCUUCUUCAGCAGCAUUGAAUACCUGCUAUCAACAACAAAUGAUGCAGAGCUACAAAAGGAAGUGACGCGAACCAUAUAUUACAGGACCAUCCAGGGAGAGGCGAAAAGCACCAUCAUCAAUAUACCUCAACCAGACAACUGGCAGUUAAUAAAAGAAACGUUAAAAUUGAGAUAUCGACCCGAAGUGGAGCCACAUCAUCUAUAUAAAAAGAUUGGGAAUCUUAAGAUUUGGAUAAUGUGGACAGUGAUAGCUUUAAUGACACAACAUUGUAACGGGACAAUAAAUGUAACAGAAAUAAAGGAACAAAACGGAUUUAUAGAUUUACAGAUUAGAGAUCAAGCAAUACCAAAAGAUAGCGAUAUAGUACUACAUAUUAUUGACAUUCAACAAUUAGAAAAUAUUGUAAAUGCUAUGACAGAUAAUAACUCGAAAUAA